AUGGGCAACCAGCAAUCCAGCCAUCGCCACAUCAACCGCGACUGGGAGCUACCACUAGAGGACCCCGUACUACGGAGGUUCUUAGAGCCUGUUCCUCAAGACGCUGCUGGCGCGGCUCCCGGAAUACAAUGCGACCAGUGUAUCAACCGGAGACGACAAUGCAAUGGGACUCUGCCCUGCGUCAACUGUGCCGCUAGAGGGCCAUGCACCUACAACCAGACCCCCAACGCCCAACCUGAACACGUCCGCAUUCCACAGCGGCCUCAUUGGCACUCGCACAAUGACCCACGCAACGACGGCGACGACGCCAUGGCGGGCCUGAACGGAAACCAAGACGCGCCCGCCGGCUUCGCCCGCGCCGCUGACGGCACCUUCGUUCGCGUCUUCCCCGAUCCGCCCGGUGUGUGGUACCUCCCCGGCCGCUAUCCCUGCGUCUACCACGACCUGCUCGGCUGCCCAGGCGGGAGCAAGCUACGGAAUGGCGCCUGCUAUGGCUGCAUCAAUUCCGGCCGGCUCGGGCCCGCCGACCAGGAGCUGAGGAUCCAGCAUUACGACAGCGGCUUCUACAGGUGCAAGUAUGCGAGGACGGGCUGUGCGGGGAACGGAUGGGCGUUUCUGCCGAACGAUGCCUGCGAGGCGUGCAUCAACGCUGGUAGGAGGCGGCCGCGUGAGUGGGUGGGAGAGCCGGUUGGUGCGGGGGAUAGGACGUGCAAUUGCGACAGGAACUGGCGUCAUCCAGGGUAG